AUGUCCGAUUCCAACGAGAAUUUCGAAAUUGCCAUCGUCGGUGGUGGAAUUGUAGGUCUCAUCACAGCGCUGGGCUUACUAAAGCGGAAUAUUCCUGUCAAGAUAUACGAACAGUCCCGCUCCUUCCGCGAGAUCGGUGCCGGAAUUGGCUUCACUGCCAAUGCCAGAAAGUGCAUGGCCCUACUAAAUCCAUUCAUCGAGGAGGCCGUCAACGCCGUAGCCACACACAACGGUGAGAACGAAGACGAGCCCGAUGAGUGCCUCCGUUUCAACGAUGGAUAUAACUGGGAUGAGAAUCGCCCUGGCGAAGAAGAUAUGCCUCUGUAUAACCUCGACACUGGGCAUGAGGGAUUCAUUGGCUGUCAUCGGGCUCAUCUUGUCACGAGUUAUGGCACGCAGCAAUGGGCAUACGGAGUGUGGUAA